AUAGUCUUGAAAUUUACGAACAGGAGACAGACCACAAUGUGCAAUACCUCUGCCAAAAUAAUGAACCACGAAACUCAUUGAAUCCAAAGGCUGUGCCAUUUCAACCUUCAAAUACACCACUUGGGGUGUCAAGACCAAAUGAAGAAGUUAGUCUAACCCCAGGACUUGCAAGUCUGCUUAUCUCCAACCGUCUCCCUAUACCUGAACCAACUGUAUUCACAGGUGAUCCUUUGAAGUUCAUAGAUUGGAAGAUAUCCUUUAUGGCGCUGAUUGAUCAGAAACCACUCCCUGUGUGCGAAAAAAUGCUGUACUUGAAGUGGUAUCUCGGUGGUGAAGCUCGUAAGGCAGUGGAAGGGUUCUUCUACCGAAAUUCAGAAGAUGCCUAUCUAGGUGCUUGGGGAAUCCUACAGGACAGGUAUGGAGGUCCAUUCAUAGUGCAAAGAGCCUUCAGAGAAAGGUUGGCUAAAUGGCCAAAGAUAUCAGCAAAUGACCCUGUAGCAUUAAGAGAGUUUGCGGAUUUCCUUCAAGGUUGUGUGGAGGCCAUUCCUCAUGUUAAAGGCCUAGCUAUUCUAAAUGAUUGUGAAGAAAACCACAAGCUUCUCAAGAAACUGCCUGAAUGGAUCGUGCGCAGAUGGGGUCGCAUCGCCGUGGACGAGCUGGACAAGUCCCAAGAAUACCCAACCUUUGCUCGUUUCACAGAGUUCCUGCAAAGGGAAGCUAAGAUUGCAUGCAACCCCAUUGCCUCUCCUUUUCUCCUCAGUACCAAGACUACAGAUGAGAGAAUUCCCAAGAGAGCCAAGGCGCUCAACACAAGCACUCAAAUGAAGCCCUCUACCUUCAACGUUCCAAAUAUCUCAGCUUCAAGACCGAAACCACCUUGCCUAGUCUGCAAAGACGAAACACACGGUGUCGCUAAAUGUCUGACUUUUGCGGCAAAGACCAUCGAUGAAAAGAGGGCCUUUAUUCACGAAAACCAUCUCUGUUUUGGUUGCUUAAGAAAGGGCCACACUACAAAAGACUGCAAAGGAAGACACACGUGUAGCAUAUGCAGUCGACGUCAUCCAACCUGUUUGCACAUACAGAGAGACACUGAGCCUGUCAAGGCAUUAAACGAUGAUUCAGUAGGCAUGAGAAAUAAGGCAAACGACAACGUUCCCAAAGUUAUGUCCCAUACUUUGACAAGACAUACGUCUGCCACAUCCUGCAUUGUUCCAGUUCUGUUGUCAGCUACUACGGAGCCUCAGAGGGAAAUCCUCACUUAUGCCUUACUUGACACACAGAGUGAUUCAACCUUUAUUCUGGCAGACCUGGUAUCGAAGUUAAGUGUGAGCACCAAGCCAUUACAGCUAAGGCUCAGCACAAUGACAGCGGUUGACACAGUUAUUUCAAGCCAAAUUGCUCACGGUCUGCAAGUGCGUGGCUUCAACUCCGAAGUUCAAGUCCAACUCCGUCAAGCCUAUACAAGAGAUUUCAUUCCAGUAGAUAAGUCUCACAUCCCCACUAAGGAGACUGCACUCCAGUGGUCACACCUCAAACACUUGGCAAACAAGUUACAGCCACUUCAAGAUUGCGAAGUAGGACUACUGAUCGGUUAUGACUGCCCAUCAGCACUGGCUCCCUUGGAGGUUGUUAUCGGCUCCGAAAAUGAACCCUUCGCUCAAAAAACUAUGCUCGGCUGGAGCAUUGUAGGAUCAGCAAAUCCACAUCUUGAUAGACAGGGUAGCCAGAGCUUCGUACACAGAGUCGCAGUGAAAGAAAUGCCAAUGCCGCCGGUCGCUGAUGUGUUAAAGGCUUUAGAAAUGGACUUCAUUGAAAGAAAUUAUGAAGAUAAGUACGUGUCUCAAGAUGAUGUUCGCUUCGUGCAGUUUCUCUCGGAAACUAUAAUGAAAAGGAAAGAUGGACACUACGAGAUGCCGUUACCCUUCAAAGACAACAGUCAACCGGCACUACCAAACAAUAAGAGGCUGGCCCUUAUUCGACUUCAUCAUCUAAAGAAAAGAUUAAAGGGAAAUAGACAGUACCAUGAACACUACACUGCAUUCAUGGAAGAAACAAUCAGAAAAGGUGAUGCAGAACCAGCCCCUUCAUUAUCAGAGGAAGAGACAGUGUGGUACAUCCCACAUCACGGGGUUUAUCACCCCAAGAAGCCAGACAAGUUAAGAGUUGUCUUUGAUUGUUCAGCAAAGUUCAAAGGCAUCUCCCUAAACGAUACCUUGCUGACAGGUCCCGACCUGAUAAACUCUCUAGUGGGAGUCCUCUGUCGCUUCAGGAAGGAAGCAGUUGCUGUGAUAUGCGACAUUGAAAAGAUGUUCCAUCAGUUCUAUAUCCCCUCAGAAAUGCGCAAUUACUUAAGGUUCCUUUGGUGGGAGAACGGUCAGUUGGAAACAGAACCGAAAGAAUACAGAAUGGCAGUUCACCUUUUCGGUGCCAGCUCCUCUCCAGGAUGUGCCAAUUUCGGCCUUAAGUAUCUUGCACGACAACACAAGUCAGAACAUCCCUCAGCAUCAGCCUUCAUCGAGAAGAACUUUUAUGUCGACGACGGCCUAACUAGCGUUCCAACAGUCAGCGAAGCUUCAAAUCUAAUCCUCGAAACUCAAGGAUUAUGUAAAAAUGCUGGCCUACGACUGCAUAAGUUCAACUCUAAUAAAAGGGACGUCCUGUCCUGUAUAGCUCCGUCAGAAAGAGCAACAACUAGUGUACCUGUCAAACUUAGCCCAGACUCAACAACAGAAGGACAAGUACUUGGCAUUCAGUGGUCAAUUGAAAACGACACCUUCAGUUUCAGUGCUGACAUAAAGGAUCAACCCUCAACUCGUCGUGGUAUCCUGUCAGUCGUAGCCUCCCUUUAUGAUCCUCUAGGCUUCAUAGCCCCCUUCAUACUGAGUGGCAAGUGCAUUCUCCAAGAGCUUUGCCGCAGAGGCAUCAGUUGGGAUGAAGCACUUCCUGAGAGCUUAUGUCCACGGUGGGAGGCUUGGAAGAGUAGUCUGCAAGCUUUAAGGGAAAUCAAGAUACCCAGAUGUUACCAUCCCCCAGACUUUGGUAACAGAAUGAAAGUGGAACUACACCACUUUUCCGAUGCCAGCAACAUAGGAUAUGGUGCCUGUUCGUACCUUAGGUACAAAAAUGACAGAGAUCAAGUCCAUUGCAGCUUCGUAAUGGCCAAGGCAAGAGUUGCACCAACGAAGAUUGUGAGCAUCCCAAGGCUUGAACUCUCAGCUGCUGUCACUGCAGCAAGGUUGAGUGUCAUGUUGAAGGCAGAACUUGAAAUAGAAGUUGACAAAGAGUUCUUCUGGACAGACUCCCAAGUAGUCUUAGCCUAUAUCAAUAACGAAGCAAGAAGGUUUCACGUGUUUGUAGCCAAUCGUGUUCAACUCAUAAGAGAGAUUACAGAUCCAACCCAGUGGCAUUAUGUGGAUACGACACAAAACCCAGCCGACCAUGCAUCCAGGGGUCUACAUGUAGCGGAUAUCUCCACCUCAAGUUGGUUAUCUGGGCCUAGUUUCCUUUGGAGAUCUGAAGUGCACGCAUCUUCAAGCUCUUCAGCAAAACUAAUUGUAGGCGACCCUGAAGUCAAACCUGUUACAACCCUUGCAUCACAAGCCAAUGAACAAACUGAUACUCUAAAUCGUCUGAGCAGGUUCUCCAGUUGGUCAAUGCUCAUUAAGGUGAUUGCAAGAAUCAGGAGAAUAAAAACGAAGACGUAUCACUGCAGCAAUCUUGUGUCUGUGGAGGAACGUAAGGAGGCCGGGGAGGUAGUGAUAGGUCUAGUUCAACAGCAAGUUUUCCCCCAAGAGCUAAAACUCCUUCAAAGAGGAGAUAGUCUCCCAAGUUCAAGCCCUCUUAGCUGCCUUGACCCCAUUCUGGUUCAAGGACUUCUUCGUGUUGGUGGAAGGCUGUCAAGAUCAACUCUUAGUCAAGAAACAAAGCACCCAGUCAUCCUCCCAAAAGAAGGGCACAUUACCCAGUUAAUCCUGUCCCACUAUCAUGCAGCCAUUCAUCACCAGGGCCGCAGCCAAACUCUAACAGAACUCAGAGCAAAUGGAUUUUGGGUGCUUGGUGGAAGCAAGUCAGUUGCCAAGUUAAUACAUAAAUGUGUACAGUGUCGAAAGCUCCGGCGUCCCACAGAGGAGCAGCAUAUGUCAGAGCUUCCCGAAGAACGCGUAGAAGUUUCAGCUCCCUUUACAUACUGUGGUAUGGACUGUUUUGGUCCCUUUAUCACCAAACAAGGUCGAAAGGAAUACAAGAGGUAUGGUCUAAUCUUCACAUGCUUCUCCUCACGUGCAGUCCACAUCGAAAUGCUUGAAGAUUUAUCUACAGAUUCCUUCAUCAAUGCCUUAAGGUGUUUCAUCAGUUUAAGAGGAGCCGUUUGCCAACUUCACUGUGACCAAGGCACAAACUUCACAGGAGCAAAGAACGAACUUAAAGAAGCCCUGAAGCAAUGUGACACAAAGGCACUAGAAACUUUCCUAGCUGAUAAACAGUGUGAGUUUAUCUUCAAUGCUCCUUCCGCAAGUCAUGCAGGUGGAGUCUGGGAACGUCAAAUUAGAACCAUUCGUAAUGUGCUAAAUGCUACAACAGUCCAAUGUUCAAGUAGACUAGACGAUGCUUCUCUUAGAACGCUAUUUUAUGAAGCCAUGGCCAUUGUUAACAGCCGUCCUUUAACUGUCGAUGGAAUCAAUGACCCCAAGGCGCCAGAACCUCUAACUCCAAACCACCUCAUCCUGAUGAAAUCCAAGGUUGCAUUACCUCCACCUGGGAAAUUCGUAAAGGAAGACGUAUAUGCAGCUAAACGGUGGCGUAGAGUGCAAUAUUUAGCAGAACAAUUCUGGAGUCGGUGGAAAAGAGAAUACCUCAUGAGUGUUUCCACAAGACAGAAAUGGCACACACCUCGACGUAACCUCAAAGUAAAUGACAUUGUCAUAAUCAAAGAUGAUAUGUCUCCCAGAUGCCAGUGGCAACUAGGACGUGUAAUUGAAACUACAAUAGAAAAGGAUGAUCUAGUUCGUCGAGUCAAGGUGUUAGUAGGUGACAGAAGAUUGCAAGAUAAGAAGGACUAUGUAUCAAAACCUUCAAUUAUUGAACGUCCUAUUCAAAAGCUAGUAGUCCUCAUAGAAAGCAAAUAA